AUGUCUCUACAUUCGCUCGCAGCAGGUCUCUCCAACCUUUCCGUUUCCCCCUCCGUCACCCACCUGCCGCAAGCGACCAUUUUGCAUGCAACACCAUCGUACAUCAUCCCGGCUCUACUGACAAUAAUCAUUGUGUGCAACUUUUACAAAGGGCGAGGCAAACAGGGCAAGAGGAUACCUGGUCCGCGAGCGUUGCCAUUACUCGGAAACUUGCUGGACUGGCCUAGUCACCACCAGGGCGAACGUAUGGAAGUAUGGCAGAAGGUAUAUGGCCCCAUUACCCGCUUAUCCAUCCUGGGCAAGAACGUUCUCUUCCUCACUUCCACCAACAUUAUAUCCGAGCUCUUUGUCAAACGUAGUGCGGUGUUCUCCGACCGACCUCAACUCGUGUUCUCCCAAGAACUAUGCGGCAUGGAUGUUCUCCAUCCGAUGACCCAAUAUGGCGCGGACUUUCGAGAGCAGAGAAAGUUCAUGAAAGAGGCAUUGGCCCCAGAGGUUCAGCGACGCCACGAGAGUCUACUGAACGAAGAAGGCCGUCGUCUCCUGCGUGCAACGUAUGAAGAUCCUGAGGAUACUGCUCGACAUUUACGCCGCUUCUCAACGUCGUUCUCCCUCCGCAUGGUAUAUGGGCUUCCUGCCCUCGAGGUAGACGACCCGCAAGUUCUGCUCGCCGAAGAAAUGAUGGCCUUGUCGGAGUAUGCCCUCACAGGUGGCUGGCUGGUAGAUUUUUUACCCAUUCUGAAGCACCUCCCAUCUUGGGUGCCUUUUCACAGACGUGCCAGGUAUUUCCGUGCGAAGAUCAACGAGAUGAUGUCCAAGCCAUGGGGCGAAGUCAAGGAACAAGUACAUGCUGGCACGGCGCCUGACUCCUUCUGCUCUAUUAAUAUGCAGAAGUUUGACGAUGGGAAGAGCAAGCACACCGAGACGCUCAUCAAAGCCACUGCUGCAGCGAUCUACGGCGCGGGGGCGGACACCUCUGCUGCUUCGUCUUACUCUUUCGUGCUCGCAAUGCUCCUCCAUCCUUCGGUGCAAUCUCGCGCGCAAGACGAGUUAGACGACGUUGUUGGCCGCGACCGCCUCCCGUGUUUAGCAGAUCGACCCAAGCUGCCUUAUCUGACGCGUGUCCUGUGGGAAGUACUUCGUUGGGCACCGCCAGUCCCAGUUGCCAUACCGCAUAGAAACCGGGAAGCCGUUGAGUUCGACGGAUACAUGAUCCCUAAAGACACUAUGCUCAUGGCUUCGAUAUUCUCCCUUUCUCGUGAUCCCGAGGUCUACGCCUCCCCGGAGACAUUCAACCCCGACAGGUUCGAGGGAGAGCGGGGCGAGCGUCUCCCGCACCAUGCUUUUGGCGUCGGUCCUCGUCGCUGUCCUGGUGCGGAUGUCGCAUUCACACAACUAUUCCUUCAAGCUGCAUACAUCCUCGCGUGCUUCCGCAUCUCUCCGCAGCGCGAUGUGGCGGGCAAGGAAAUCAUUCCAGAGGUAAAGUUCGGCGGCGGGAUGGUUCGAAAUGCGGAGGAGUUCCCAUUCGUGAUGCAAGCUCGGUGGGAUGGGGUGGAGAGGCUAUUUUCCGAUGCCUAA